CGGACACGUAGUGGCUGACUAGGUCGCUUGAGGUGUAGAAGGCAUUAUCUCAGCUUCAGAGUACUCGUCUCUGUGUCUAAGAAGAGGAAAAUUAAGUCGUAUGUCUUCCGCAGCACCAGUUCCCGUGCACGGUAUGAACUUCCAGGGGAAUAAUGAUAUGAACUUGGAACCAUCUAAGGAGUAUAUUUGUGAGGAUACUGCACCACUUAAAGACAAUAUUUGUAUAGACGUGGAAGCACAGUCAUACAACAGAACUUUGAAGAAGAAAAUGGAAGAUCCUGCUGCUCUUAUGCGACAAAGACUAUGGGAAUUAAUACAUUGCUUCACUGAUGCUUCACCGUGGGCAUAUGCAUUAAGCUUUGCUACACUCUUUACAGUUCCCUUGAUGCAUUGUGUUGAUAUACAGUGUAUGGAACGCUGUUUGCCAGUGAGUGUUUGCAACCUAUGGUAUACAGAAGUUGUGGUCAUUAUCUCAUUGAUUAUUACAAAUUUGCUGUUGGCUGUACUUUUGAGUGUUAAAAGUGAGUUGGUGAAGCUCUUCAGCGUAUUGAAUUAUACGCUGCUAGUAGUUUAUUAUGUGCUGGCGUUUCUGUUGUAUGUGGCCAUAGAGCCUUACGACACCCACUUAGCACUGCACAUGAUUUGUGUUACCUUGGCUCUAGCAUAUCCUAGUUGGGUUCUGAGCCGUUCAAUGACAAAGAAACCAAAAGUAAGAAUUGUGUACGUAACUCGUGCAUAGUUCUUCACAAACGUCAGUAAAAGUUGCACCACUAGAGUGAAUUUUGCAAAUGGUGCAUAAGUAUUGCCAAAAGACCAGGCAUAAGAAAAUACCACUGCUCCAAGUUGCUGCCACUACUAACAAAUCCCACUUCAGACUCAAGAUCAAACAUUGCAGAUGUAAAAUAAUGUUGAAGGGGAGAACCUCAGUUAUACGGAUGGACAUACACAUUUUGAAACUGGAAAUCAACUAACUGAGCUGUGCCAACAACCACAAUAUCGCUCCUCAUAUCUUCAUCCUAG